AUGCCUCUCGUCGUACCCGGAAUCACCACGGACCCGUCCGACAAGACCGAGGAAUGGACCAACAAGCUGGUCGGCAAGACGCUGGCCGAAGACGGCUCCUCUGACGAGACUCCGCAACUAACCCUUCUCCAGACCUUCCUGAAGAGUGAUCUGCCUGAGCAAUCUCGCAUCAUCGAGCCGGGCUCGAUGGUGACAAAGGACUACAACCCGGACAGGCUCAACGUGCACCUAAAGGAUGACGGGACCGUCUCGCACGUUCAGAAGCUCAAAUCGUCGAUCCAGCGGGCGCUGCGGCAGUCGCUGCUAACGACGUACCCGCUGCUGGGGCCGCACAUUGACGAGGUGCUGCCCAAGAAGUCGUCGCUGGAGCAGAUGAAGCUGCCCGACCGCAUCAGCCUGUUCGUGCUCGACAGCGACCCGCUAUUCUUCCAACUCGACAUCCCCAGCAACGCGCCGCUGCUGCCUCACCUGCGCCUCGUCCACCGCUUCCCCCAGGCCUUCCCCACCGUCCGCAUAGACCGCGGCGCCAUCCGCUUCGUCCUCGGCGGCGCCACCCUCAUGGCCCCCGGCCUGACGAGCCCCGGCGGCCGCCUGCCGCUGCCCGCACCGGCCAGCGAGUCCGAAGAGGAAGACGACGACGAAGCUGCUGCGCCCAAGACGGAGGGUGUCGACGCCGACGGCCACUGGAGCAGGGAACUGGAGAAGGGCGAGCCUGUCGUCGUCAUGGCCGAGGGCAAGGAUGAGGCCUGUGCCGUCGGCCUGCUGGCCAUGGGCACCAAGGAGACAAAGGCCAAGGGCAAGGGCCCCGUCAUUGAGGAGACGCACUUUCUCGGCGACGGGCUGUGGCGGUUGACGAUUGACUAG